GCGUAGUGGGGCUGGAAUAAAGGAUCCUGCUCAGGGACUCCUGCUAGAGAACCUGAUCCAGCUCCAUGUCCAGGACUCCACCAGACAGAGAUAUAUAAUAUAUAUAUAUAUAUCUAUCAGUAAACUGGACCUGAUCGAUCUGGAUGAAUGAGGCGUUUACGUUCCUCCAGGAAACUUUUGUUUUUCUAAUCAUCUGCUGGAUCAACUGAAAACUCUGAUUAUUUAACCUGAGGAUCUGUUUUAUCUUUAUUAUUUAACUGGAUGUUAUUGAUGAACUUGGCAGCUGAAAACAUGACACUUUAUUUAGAAGGUCUGAGUAAAGGAGUGGCCAACGGAGGGAUGGCUCAGUUCCAGGAAAUGAUGCGGCAGCAGCUGGAGAGCUCCAUGCACAGCGAGCUGGAGAAACUGCUGGACACCACCACGGGCUCAGACAGAGAGGUGUCCAGGAAAGACUUUGAGGGCUUCAGGAAUCUCUUCCAGAGAUUUUUGCAGGUGAAGGGGCCGUCGAUAGAGUGGAUCAAGAUACAGAGACCUCCAGACGACUCGAUCCAGCCCUACGAUAAGAUCGCUGGCCGAGGACUGCCGGACAACGUGGCCGACUGCCUGAACAAGCUGGUGGUGGUGAAGCUGAACGGAGGCCUGGGCACCAGCAUGGGAUGUAAGGGCCCCAAGAGCCUGAUCAGUGUCCGCAACGAGAACACCUUCCUGGACCUCACCGUGCAGCAGAUAGAGCACCUGAAUAAGACGUACAACACAGACGUGCCGCUGGUCCUCAUGAACUCCUUCAACACGGACGAAGACACCAAGAAGAUCCUGCAGAAGUACACACACCACCGCGUCAAGAUACACACCUUCAACCAGAGCAGGUACCCUCGCGUCAACAAAGAGUCCCUCCUCCCCGUGUCCACCAACUUGAGCAGGACGGGUCAAAGCGCAGAAGGCUGGUACCCUCCGGGACACGGCGACAUCUAUGCCAGCUUCUACAACUCGGGCCUGCUGGACCAGCUGAUCGCGCAGGGAAAGGAGUACAUCUUCGUGUCCAACAUCGACAACCUGGGAGCCACCGUCGACCUGCACAUCCUGCACCACCUGGUCAGCCAGCCCAACGGCAAGCGCUGCGAGUUCAUCAUGGAGGUGACGGACAAGACGCGCGCCGACGUCAAGGGCGGCACGCUGAUCCAGUACGAAGGAAAACUGCGUCUGCUGGAGAUCGCCCAGGUGCCCAAAGCCCACGUGGACGAAUUCAAAUCUGUUUCCAAGUUCAAGAUCUUCAACACCAACAACCUGUGGAUCUCUCUGGCUGCUAUCAAGAGGCUGCAGGAGCAGAAGGCGAUGGACCUGGAGAUUAUAGUCAACCCCAAGACGCUGGACGGCGGGCAGAACGUCAUCCAGCUGGAGACGGCGGUCGGCGCCGCCAUCAAAUGCUUCGACCACGCCCUGGGCAUCAACGUGCCUCGCAGCCGCUUCCUGCCCGUGAAGACCACGUCGGACCUGCUGCUGGUCAUGUCCAACCUGUACAGCCUGGACGCCGGCUCUCUCACCAUGAGCCCCAAGAGAGAGUUCCCCACAACGCCGCACGUCAAACUGGGCAGCGCCUUCACCAAGGUUCAGGAGUACUUGACCCGCUUCGAGAGCAUCCCCGACAUGCUGGAGCUGGACCACCUGACGAUGUCUGGAGACGUCACCAUGGGGAAGAACGUCUCACUCAAGGGCACCGUCAUCAUCAUCGCCAACCACGGAGAUCGGAUCGAUAUUCCGGCAGGCUCCAUGCUGGAAAACAAAAUCGUAUCUGGCAACCUCCGCAUCAUGGACCACUGAUGCCUUUUAUUACACAGAACGCACCCUCAUCAUGUGACCUAGUAGUUUAGCUUUAUCCCAGUCAUGUGACCUGUCUGUCAUGUGACCUGUCUGUCAACACAUCAUGAGAGGAAGUGUGUGUGAUUGCAUGUGCAGUGCUACUCUGGGAGGGUUUUGGGGGUUGGGAGUGCUUGUGGCUGGGAUAUACUGCCCUCUACAGGCUGUUUAUUAUAGAAUAUAAACCUUUAAUAGUGUUUAUUAUAAUAAUCAGCUACUUAAACAGUGACCUAUAUCCACCACAAAUCAGAUUUUAUAUUUUAUUCUUUCUUAACUCAAAUGAUUUUCUCUCUGCCAACUCAAAAUAGAUACUAUAAUAAUAAUCAGAAUAAUAAUCUGUAUGCUUUUACUGCACUGCUAAUGCAAUCACAGAGUACUUACACAGGAAGUUAUGGAAGAGUUUUAACCAUUUAUUUCAAGCACAGAGACCUCACUACGGGACUCAACGUGUUCCACAAUUCAACUGUGACCAGAUAUGUUAUAUUUAGUUAACUAUCUAUCUAUCUAUCUAUCUAUAUAUAUAUAUAUAUAUAUAUAUAUAUAUAUAUAUAUACCUGGGCUGUGAUAUAUAUAUAAAACAUACAAGCAGUCAUUUACACUCACUGGAAGUUGAGUUUCCAAGCAUGUGACUUUAACGCCAUUCAAACGUCCACUGAAGAGACGAAAACAUCAGAUCUGUAACGUUCCUCAAAUGAAUACAUGAAACAAACAUAAACGCCUCAUUUCCACAUUCGGUUGAAGGUUUGACUGGCUGGCGCUGUUUCUAUUAUCUGGUUCUUCUGUAAUGUUUAACGGCGACUGACUGGAGGAAUUAAUGCCAGCGGUGGAUGGAAACGCACAUUAGUCGUUAUGUUGUCGUUUGGUGUUGGGAAGGCAGCACAGCGUGGGCUCAUCACAGCUGUAAACAGCUGCCAGCUGCGUUUGAGGAAUUAGAGACUGAAUCAAACUGUACAGCUGCCGGCAGAAAACCUAAAACAAUGAAUUAAAAGAGGCUGAAAAGCUCCACAGAGCUGAGGGGAAAUGAUCGUCAAUAUGAGCAACACCUUUACACAGUUGAUCCAGGGUUAAUAUGAAUAUUUGAUUUGGAGCUUUAAAGGGAUCGUUGUUUCUCAGUGGGGUUGUAUGAGGUAGUUCUCCAUAGUCAGUGUGUUACCUAAAGUAGAUGACCGUCAGCACGCCUCCAGUUUGGAGAAACAGACAGGAGUACCAGCAAAACGCAUUUUAGACACCUAAAAAAUCCAUAUCAGUUUAAGUGUACACUAUGUAUAGAAUAACUGUGAGACAACUACACAGUCUAUGUUUCCGACAGGGAACUGAAGCCGUUAUCUACGCCCUCGUCAAAGCAACCAGACUCCAUUGAAAAAAAUUAAUAUAUAUAUAUACACACAAAAUAUAG